AGAUCAGUUCUUAGACGGAUCUCAAACAGAAUAGUUGUCAAAAAUCGCAAUGCAUAGUAAUAUUUCGAUAGUGUUAGUGUUGCUUCUUGGCUGCUUUAUGCAGACAACUUACUCAGAGGAUCCUGCAACUAAUGAACCCACAACAAUUGCGCCGGCAUUUUCCUGCACUACACACAAUGGAUUAGAAACCGAUCUAGAAGCUAUCGCUGGCUAUUGGUAUGAGGCUGCGCGUGCAUCCGAUGUGGAUGAUGCCCAGUGUCUGAAGUACUCCAUUGAAGCUACUCCCGAUGGUGAUAAUAGGAUUAACAUCAAAUUGGAGUAUGUGAGCACCGCCGAUGGGAAGUGGGAAACUGAAAUAGAUUCAGCUCUCCUUCCCUGGGACGAUAACGCCAAGAAUGGAAUUUUUAGCUGGACCAAUGACGAGACAUCUGAGACGUCUGCCACCUUCAAAAUGGUUUCCAUGGAUAACUCCUCUUAUGCAUUCCUUUGCGGCUACAAGGGAAUCGAUACUGUACCGCUUUUCAAGGUGCUAACACGUGAGCGAGCGCUAAGUAGUGACCAAAAGACUCUUAUUGAAGAAAAAUUUAAUGAUCUUAGUCAAAAUGAGUCAUUGGUCUGGGUUGAACAGUCAGAGCAAAAAUGCAACUCCGCAAUGCGCUCUUUAGGUCAAACACUUUUAGUUUUGCUUUCAGCUCUACUUAUUUUUCAAUAGUUCAACUCGACUAAAUACUUAGAAUAUCAGAUUAAUUCCAUAAUGUUUUUUUUACAAUUGCACAAAAUAUUUGAAGCUCUACGUUUUAAAAAAUCAUAUGACACAUGCAAUAACAUAUCUUCUUCUUAAAAAAGGUUCCUC